AUGACGGCCGUUCAAUCACCAAAACAAAGUCUAGAAAACCCGGACGUGGAGAACACCACAGCGAUAGAAGAACCCAAAGAGACAGAAUCAGCCCACUCGAAAAUAGUAGAGGAAGAGUAUCCAGGCACAAUACAGUUGGUUUUCAUUACUGUUGCCGUGAUUUUUAGUAUCUUCUUAUCGGCUCUUGACCAGACAAUUGUCGGUACCGCAAUCCCCAAAAUUACUGAUGAGUUUCACAACGUCGACAAGGUGUCAUGGUUCGGAUCUGCUUAUUUUAUGACCUUUGGUGGCUUCCAGACAUCAUGGGGCAAGGCAUUCUCAUAUUUCAACUUUAAAUACACCUUUCUGUUAUCCAUGUUUAUUUUCGAAGUGGGUAGCUUGAUAUGCGGUGUGGCUCCAAAUACAAUUGCGUUUAUCUUUGGACGAGCCAUCGCAGGAUUGGGAGGUGCCGGUAUGUCGUCUGGUGCCAUGACCAUGAUUGCAUUUUCCGUUGAACCGCGAAGACGACCUCUCUUUGUAGGCUUGGCGGGCUCGACGUAUGGGAUAUCUUCGGUUGUUGGCCCUCUGCUAGGUGGUGUCUUCUCUGAUCGCACCACUUGGCGGUGGUGUUUCUACAUCAAUCUGCCUCUUGGUGGAGUCGCAGCUGCCAUUGUUCUCAUUUUCUUUACCACACCGGCUCAGUCUAAGCCGAUCCCUGCAAGUUGGAAGGAGAAAUUUCUUCAGAUGGACCCUGUCGGCGUGGCAUUGUGCAUGGCCUCGAUCAUCGUCUUUAUAAUGGCAUUUGAGUAUGGUGGACAGUCCAGGCCGUGGAACAGCAGUGUCGUGAUCGGUCUCCUCGUCGGGUUUCCACUGAUAACUGCUGUUUUCGUCAUUUGGGAGUAUUCUCAGGGAGAGCGCGCCAUGAUUGUACCCCGUCUUUUUAAGAGACGGUCAAUCUGGGCUGGCUCACUGUACCAGUUCUUUCUAGCUGGUGCAUACUUCCUGAUUCUUUACUACCUACCGAUCUACUUCCAGAGUAUCCAGAAUGUGAGUGCCAUUGAGUCAGGUGUUCGAAAUUUGGCUAUGGUCAUCACAAUUAGUUUUGCAGUCGUUAUAGGAGGCGCCGUCGUCGGCAAAACGGGCUACACAGUUCCCUUCAUGAUGUUCGGGGCGGCCAUAGGCGCUAUUGGCACUGGGCUGUUCCGUACCUUUGACUUUCAUACGUCGUCCGGUAAAUGGAUUGGUUAUCAGAUCUUGACGGGUUUUGGCAGCGCUUUUCCUUUUCAAAUAGCAAUGAAUAUUGCUCAGGCCAAUUCUAGCCCUGCUGACAUGUCCAAGGUCACGGCCACCAUGUUCUUUUUUCAAACCAUUGGAGGCGCAUUCUCUCUUGCUGCUGCACAAGCUGCAUUCUUGAACACGAUCAUAAAUACCGCCGUAGGUAUUGAUCGUACACUACUGAUAGCCUCAGGCGCUACACAGCUCCGAUCCAUGUUCUCUCCUGAGCAGCUUCCAAUUGUCCUUGACGCAUAUAUGGCUGGUAUCAGAGCGGCUUUUGCUAUCGCUAUUGGUAUGAUGGGAUUUGCCUUCUUCGCAAGUCUUCUGAGUUCAUGGAAGAACUUGCAUGAUCAGAGACCUGAAGGUGCUUCUUCUUCCUCUAAGGGAGACGUAGUUCUUGCUAUAGCAUAG